CAUUCUGUCACACAAACACACUGACAUGCACACAUAUGCGAUCAUAAGGGAGGAAGCACUGUCCUCUCCAACAGAUGCAUCUAAAGUAUGUGGAACUAAGAGGAACAGAAACUCCCACUUACUGAAACUGACCUGAAGGAAUUGCUAAAGACCACAAGCAAAAAGAGCGGGGGCCAAGACAGAGGGAGGCAGGGGGAGUUACAUAUUGAAGAAACAAAUAAGAAACUAAGGACAGCAUAGAAUUUGACGACUCGUACAGCUGAAGAAGAGGUGCCUCCAAGAUUUGCAAGAGUGAAGCUGCAGCUGGUUGGGGUCACGGGAAUGGAACAGAGUUUCUGCUGGAUUAAUCCCUGCGCUCACACGAUCUUGUCUGAGGAAGAAGGCUAAGAAUCUGCUGCAACAGCCAUCAACUCACGACUGAGGAUGAAUGGAGAUGUUCUUUAGCUGAACCUCAAGACAACAAGCCCAUUGCCUACUCUUGCUCUGUAUGAGCCAGAACGGCACCCACUAUCAGCGGGAUCAAGAGGUGGGGGAAAGGAGCCUCACUGCCCAGGAUCGGCAAAGGACUCAGGAGGAGCAGGACUUGGUCCCGGGACACAACGGCGCGGUGGCAGGCGCUGGGCGUCGUAUGGCCGUGCAGAGGCUGGUGGCAGUGGCAGUGGCAGUCGCCCUGCUUUCCUUGGUCCUCAACAAUGUUGCAGCAUUCACCCCAAGCUGGGUUUUGCAGGAACUUGAAGGUGGACGCAAGAGAAGCGUGGGACUAUGGAAGAUGUGCUCCGCAGGAGGGGACCGAGACCGCUCCGACCCUUCAUCUGGCAGGAAAGGGCAGGGGUCACAGAGGCAGUGUGAAAGCCUGGGAUGGGGAUCUGAGCAUGCAGGCCACAGAGAGUACCGCAGCACUGUCAAACUGCAGUUUGACAUGAUGCGGGCCUGUAACCUGUUGGCCACGGUCGCCCUGACUGUUGGUCAACUGAUCUUCCUUCUUGGCCUUAUUGGGCUGCCAUUCAUCACCCAGGAGUCACAGUGGUGGGAAGAAGCCAUUGCUGCACUGUUCCAGCUAGCCAGUUUCGUGUUGCUGAUUGGACUUGUGACCUUCUACAAGAUUGGACCCUAUACACUCUUGUCCUAUUCCUGCUACUUGGACAUAGCGGCAUGCCUGCUAGCUACCAUAGCAGCAGCUAUGCUCAUCUGGAACAUUUUACAUCGCCGCGAUGACUUUCUUGCACAGCCUGUAAUCAUCAUCAGUGGAUCGCUGACGUCACCUUUUCGUCCACGGCUAAACAAUGACUACGUAGAAUCACCAUGUUGAGCUGGAUCGGACUACACGAGUGUGGAACAACUAAUCAACAAAGUUUGUCUCACAGAACAGCAGUGCUGGAUUUUAGCAUUGUACAUGCAGGUUAACUUAUCAUUCUCUCUCCAAUAAACAAAAACAGCAGAUAUAUUUAACUGCCAAACUGCAAGGCAACUUAUGGUUAUUUAACACCAAGUAUUUCUUUUGAAUAUGGACUUUUUUGCUUCAUGAGGAUAGGAUCAAGCUGGAACUUGAACUUAGAUAAUGUAUGUGUACUAAAGAGCCUGUAGAACUAUAAAUUGGGUAUUGUGAAAUAUGCUACAUAACAACCUCCUUUCAUUAUGAGAAUCCCAAAAUAAAAAAAACAGUAUACAAUAAAAUACGUAAGAUACAAA